UGUCUGCUAUCUUGCUGGUCAGCUUUUGCGGAGCAUCAAAGACAACCAACCUAAGCUGGUCGACGCCAUCAGAGAUAAAGACAUUCUGUGCGUGGAGAUUGCUGGCCUGUGUCAUGAUUUAGGUCAUGGACCAUUCUCCCAUCUGUUUGACCAGAAAUUUAUGCCAGCUGCAACAGGGCGUGAAUGGAAGCACGAGGAUGCGUCAGCUUUGAUGUUUGACUAUCUGAUUGAAAAAAAUAAGUUAAUGAAAGAUGAUGGAGUUCUGAAAAAAUAUGGUUUGGAUGCUCAGGAUAUCAAGUUCAUCAAAGAGCAAAUUGUUGGACCACCUGCAGGAAUUGAAGGGGAAUGGCAAAUGGAGGGAAGGCCAAAAGAAAAAGGUUUCCUGUACGAGGUAGUAGCAAACAAGAGGAAUGGCAUUGAUGUGGACAAGUGGGACUACUUUGCCAGAGACUGUCACCAUCUUGGCAUUGCCAACAGCUUUGACCAUGCCAGAGUCAUGAAGUUUGCCAGAGCUUUACAAGAUAAAGGAAACUGGCAGAUCUGCGUCCGUGACAAGCUGAUUGAUGAUAUCUACCAAAUGUUUCUGACCCGCUACAAACUGCACUGUUAUGCAUACCAGCACAAGGUGAACUGUGCAAUCGAUCUAAUGAUGACUGAUGCCCUUGUGGCUGCCAAUGAAGAGUGUCUGGUUCGUGGCAAGAGAAUGUCUGAUUGUGUUGAUGAUAUGGCCUGUUACAUGCACCUCAAUGAUGGGAUUCUGCACAAAAUCUUGGAUUCGGACUCAGACUCUGAUAAAAUGAAAAGGUCACGUGAAAUUUUGCAGCGAAUCUGGGAACGUGACCUUUAUAUUUGUGUGGGAGAGAGCAAGUCAAUAGUGCCAAAGGGUCGAAAAUGGGAUGUGACAGUGAUUAAAGAACAACUGCAAAAGAUUUUGAGUGAAGGGAUGAGCGUAUCUGUUCCUUUGGCUGACUUUUGUGUUCAGGUGGCAAAGUGGAACUUUGGGAUGAAAGAACGCAAUCCAAUCAAGACUCUCAAAGUGUACUGCAAGUCAGAACCAGACAAGGCAGUUGAUGCCCCUGAGCCUGGGCUGUUGAUCAAGCCAAGCGUCUUUGAGGAGAUCAAGAUUCGCGUAUACAGUUGCACUAAAGAUGAUGCUAAGCGUCGCAGUAUCCGUGAAGCCUUCCAAAGAUGGCUACAGGAUGAAGGAUUGUGUGACUCCUAGGCUGUCAUGGCAUCCAUUCCGUCCUUGCUGAACUCAUGGAGGAUUUUGAGGAGGGAAACUAAUUUUGGUCUUGGAGUGGUUUGCAGGUAACGAACACUGAGCAAGUUUCACAGGCAGCUAAUUGAGAUAAAUCUUUUGAUGUUUCUUUGA